ACCUAGAUCUUCCCAUAUAUCCCACAUACACCCUCUCCCCUCCUACUCCAACCUCCACCACCACCAUCAUGGCCGCCACCAUCGCCACCACCAUUGCACUCAUCAUCGCCACAUUGCUCGCGCUCACGGCGCCCGGUGCUCGAGCCCAGCCUGUGGCCCCCGGCCCGACGCCGGCCCCGCUGAACCUCACCGCCGUUCUCGAGAAGGGCGGCCAAUACAACAUGCUCAUCCGCCUCCUCAGGGGAACCCAGGUGGAGCAGCAGAUCAACAGCCAGCUCAACAACUCCUUCAAUGGCCUCACCGUCUUCGCCCCCACUGACAACGCCUUCAGCAGCCUCGAGGCCGGAACGCUCAACAGCCUCAACCAGCAACAGCAAGUUGCACUCGUCCUCUACCACGUCCUCUCUCGGUACUACAGCCUGUCCUCCUUCCAGACCACCAGCAACCCGGUUCAGACCCAGGCAUCCGGCAGCAAUGGCGUUUACACCCUCAACAUCACCAGCACGACGAGCCAGGUGAACAUCUCCACCGGCGUCGUCGACACGCUGAUCACCAACACGCUUACAUCCUACUUCCCGCUCGCCGUUUACUCGGUCGAGAAAGUCCUGCUGCCCUAUGGCCUCUUCGGGGCCAAGCCGCCGGCGACGGCACCGGCACCGGCGAAGGAGAAGCCUGGGAAGAACGACAACACCCCGACAGCACCGAAGGCCGACGGGCCUUCGGCGGACGUGGGGAGCAGCCCGUCGUCGGCGGUCGGUUUGAAGGGGAGGGGAGCGGUGUGGAGUUUUGUUGCGGGGGCGGGGGUCAUGGGCAUCGUUGGGUGUCUUUUGUGAGGAGUGAAUGAGUUCUGCUUCAUUGGAUUGUAUUGCGUUGUAUUGCAUGGAAAUGGUUACUUACGCCAUUUGUGUUUAAUUUGCUAUGGCGUUUUUGUUGGUGUACCUAUCUAUGCUCUUUUGACAUUUUUUUCCUCCGGCUUUGACCACUCGAUACCUCCUUUCCCCAUUUUGUUUUCUCUCAUGAUCUUAUAAAAUGAUGUGCUAAAGACUUGGAUGCAA